AUGGCAGUGUCUAUAUCCAGAAGAAGACCAAAAUCAUCUAAAAAACUUGAGGCUAAACAAUCUUACUUUGGCUUUACAAUCCUAUACAACUUUCUUAGUAGAAUUUCUGCUUUAGUCUUCCUUAUAAUCCUUAUCUACUUGUGGUCCUCCUUCUCCACCUUAAUAACAGGAAACAUCAUUCAUGUUUGCUUUUCCACAAGGAAGCUCAAUAGCCUCUAUUGUCUAUCUGCAGGUACACAUCCCUCCUUUGAAAUCCCAACUUCCACAAACAACAAUACUUCUAUUAUUACCCCUGGAAUUGGUCACGGUAAUGCAACAGAAACUGGUAAGUUUCCAAAUAUACCACGUCUGGUUACUACUAGAAAUAGAGUAGAUAUGAAUGAUAGAGACGAAAGGGUUGCAAGUGCUGUUAAGGUAGUGGAGGAACAAUUGCAGGUCCACCGAUCAUGGAGGUCAAACAAAAACUAUGCAACUUGUGAUGGUCAAGGAAUAUACGUAUAUGAUUUGCCAUCCAAGUUUAACAAAGACUUGGUGGGUCAAUGCCGUGACAUGGUUCCAUGGCAAAACUUCUGCGGCUAUUUGAGUAACGAGGGGUUGGGUGAGCCAAUAGCCAACCUUGGCAAAGGAUGGCAUAAGACUCACCAGUACUCACUGGAACUCAUUUUUCAUUCGAGGGUCUUGAAGCAUCCAUGCAGGGUUUAUGAUGAAAAGGGUGCAAAGUUGUUCUAUGUUCCAUUCUAUGGUGGUUUGGACAUCUUGAGAUGGCAUUUCAAGAACGUGUCAAACGAUGUCAAGGACAGUUUGGGUCUGGAAUUGGUCAAGUGGCUUGAGAGUCAAGGACCGUGGAAAAGGAACUCAGGUAAGGAUCAUGUGUUUGUGUUGGGCAAGAUUUCGUGGGAUUUUAGAAGAAGCAGUGAAACUCUUUGGGGUACUAGAUUGUUAGAGCUUGAGAAAAUGCAAAACCCCAUUAAGCUCUUGAUUGAACGCCAACCGUGGCAUGUGAAUGACAUUGGAAUUCCUCAUCCAACUAAUUUCCAUCCACAUUCAGGCAAUGAUGUAGUCUCUUGGCAAAUGAAAAUCAUGAGAUCAAAUCGCAAACACCUUGUUAGUUUUGCUGGGGCUGCACGUGCUGAUGCAGAAGAAAACAUAAGGUCAAUAUUAAUCAACCAAUGCACUUCUUUUGGUAAUGAUAAAUGUCAUUUUCUGAAUUGUAGUUCUUCAAAGUGUGAUGAGGCUGAGUCAGUAAUAGAACUUUUUGUGGAGUCUGAGUUCUGUUUGCAACCACCAGGGGAUAGUCCAACAAGAAAAUCUGUGUUUGACUCACUCAUAUCAGGUUGCAUCCCAGUUCUCUUUGAUCCUUUCACAGCCUAUUACCAAUAUCCCUGGCACUUACCCCAUGAUCAUGACAAGUACUCAGUGUUUAUGGACAAAAAAGAGGUGACACAAAUGAAUGUGAACAUUGUGGAGAGGCUAAGCAAUAUUUCGUUAAGAGAGAGGGAAAACAUGAGGAGGUAUAUUAUAUAUGAACUAUUGCCUGGAUUGUUAUAUGGGGAUUACAAUGCUGAGCUUGACAAGUUUCAGGACGCAUUUGCUAUUACAAUGAAUAAUCUGCUUGAGAGGGUUAGCAGAUUAGAUGAAGCACACAAGGAUUGACUCUCUUCUGUUUAUUUACAUUCAAUACCCUAUGUAGUGUUUUGAUUUCCUUUUUGCUCU